AUGAUAGAGUGCAGUGUCUGUCAUUCCAAGCUGGUCUCUCCAUCCACGAAAUCUGUUUCAAGGGCUUAUGAUCGUCACAGGGACAAGGUAUCAUCAAAGCAAAGGGCUCUCAAUUUCCUGUUAGUUGGGGGAGACUGUGUCCUGGUUGGUUUACAGCCUAUCUUGGUUUUUAUGUCAAAGGUGGAUGGAAAAUUCAAGUUUAGCCCUAUUAGCGUUAACUUUUUGACUGAGGCUGUGAAGGUUCUUUUUGCAAUUGUAAUGCUUCUGAUCCAGGCUAGGCGGCAGAAGGUUGGUGAAAAGCCACUUCUUUCUAUUUCCACAUUUGUCCAGGCAGCUCGCAGCAAUGUGCUCCUUGCUGUUCCUGCAUUUCUCUAUGCUAUCAAUAACUAUCUGAAGUUUAUUAUGCAGCUUUAUUUCAACCCUGCAACAGUGAAAAUGUUGAGCAAUCUAAAGGUUUUGGUCAUUGCUGUACUUCUGAAGAUUGUAAUGAAACGCCGAUUUUCAAUAAUCCAGUGGGAGGCUCUUGCUUUGUUACUCAUAGGGAUUAGUAUAAAUCAACUUCGGUCCUUACCUGAGGGUACCACUGCUUUGGGUCUUCCAGUUACAACUGGUGCAUAUAUGUACACUUUGAUAUUUGUGACCAUUCCCUCCAUGGCCUCAGUCUUCAAUGAAUAUGCUAUGAAAAGUCAAUAUGACACUAGCAUUUAUCUUCAGAACUUGUUUUUAUAUGGAUACGGUGCUAUAUUCAACUUUCUUGGAAUCCUUGUAACCGUCAUUUUUAAAGGACCCAGUAGCUUCGAUAUAUUGGAAGGACAUUCAAAAGCUACCCUGCUUUUAAUAUGCAACAAUGCAGCACAAGGAAUUCUAUCCUCCUUUUUCUUUAAAUAUGCUGAUACGAUUUUGAAGAAGUAUUCGUCAACUGGAUUUCCGUGGUUUUCAUCUCAAUGCACCAGUUCUUUUCACCUCUUUCUAAAGUCAAGGAGGACCAACAAAAUGGGGUUCUGGAGAGAGUGGAUGUACAAGAUAGUAAUAGGUCGAGAGAGUUAUCCUUCAUAA